AUGUAAAAUUAAGCAACUAUGACAGAUAUAAAUGAGGAAGAUAUUAGAAGACUGGAUUAGCACAUUACAAGAAAUCCAAAUAUCAUUAUGUCUUGUGUAAAGGUUCUAAAGAUGGAAGAACUAAGGAGAACAAAUGAAGACAAUUAACGUUUGAUGAGUUUCAUGCGAUCACAUUUAUAUUUUAAAGGAAACUCAUCUUUAGAUUAUCUAUUGGAAUGUUGCUAAGUAUAAAUAGUCUUAGUAUAUUAGUUAAUGAAAUUCGAAUAAUUAAAAAAAAAUCAAAUUCUUUACUUGAGAGGGAGAGAGAAUCAGGAAUAAUUAAUAAUAUUAUUAACUGGUGAGAUUAGUGUCUAAUCUAAUGAAUAAGAAUUAUUGUGUACAAAACAUUUUGGAUCGAAUUUGAUAGUAUUUGGAAAUGAUUGUUAUGCAGAUAUGUAUUCCAUAUUUAGGAAGUAAGCCCAAACCUGAUGGUUAAGACCAAAUCAGUAUGUAAAGCAGCCGUAAUUUCCAAGUUGGAUUUUAAAAUCAAUAUGUUAACUUAUGAGAUUUCCAAAAUAAAUGUUUUAUUGUAACAGAUAUAUGCAUUCCAUUUGUUUAAAACAUUGCCAUUUACUACAAUUAAGUAAUUCUAUCUCAACAGUUUUAUCUAACAUUUGUGUUGCUAAGAUAUAUUAUAUAAUCAAAAUUAAAAGGCAUCAUAAGUAUAUUUAGUAAUAAGUGGGAUCUUUGAAUAAAGAGAAAUAACAGAAACUAAUACAAAAUCUAUCAAUAUAUAUACACCUGGUUAAUUAAUAGGGGAUUUUGAAUGUGUUAAUUUCUAUUAAAUUAGAAAAUCCCAGGCUCUAUGUAUAAGUGAUGAAGGAUUAGUCUUAGUAUUUGAAGGGGUUUAUUUUUUGAAUUAGAUUGUUCCGAACAUUAAUAAGAAAUUUGUAGCUAAGAGAAUAAAUGAUUUUAAAUAGACUUAAAAAAGUAUAUAGAUGAAAAAGACAUUGUAGAGAAUAUUUCCAGAAUAGCCUAUUGAGUAAUCAUUAUAAUCAUAAUACUAACUAAAUUAAACAAGUACAAAGCAUUUUAGAUUUGCUAAGUUAGCAAAUCCUAGAUUUUUUAAGUUGAGACAAACUCCAGAAAAAUAAAUGACUCUAUAAUAGAAUAGUCUAAGUAUUAAUAGAUCUUAAUAAUAAUUACUUACAAAUAUUAGUCAUAAUAAAGUAUCAAUAAUAUCAUUUUCUACAAAAUAGGAAUUGUUUUAAGGAAAUAUUAAAGGAAGAUUAUUAAGGAAUGAAUUAUUAAAUAAGUUUAUUAAUUAAUAAUCUGAAUAUUAAGAUGUUACUUAAAAACUAAGAAGAACUUAAUCAUAAUUGGGUAUGAAUAAAUGA